AUGUUCAGCUUCGCGCCCUUGCCUCGCAAGCUCGCCACUGGCAUAUCUGAUGCCCUCUAUACCUUCUAUCUCUUCUCUGGGGUCAAUCUCUUCGGAGCUUUGACGGUAUGCGUUGCAGCAGCCCUCUCGGCGGUUCAGCCGACCAGCGCAACGGCAGUAGUGCAAGCUAUCAUAUGGGUGGACCUUCAUCUUCUAUCAUUCGAGAUCAUGAAUCAGAUCACAGGCCUUGAGGAGGACAAGCGCAUAAAACCCUACCGGCCAAUUCCCAGCGGGAGGAUAACGAUAAGAACGGCCCGCCUGCUCUAUGCGAGCCUCGUCGCUGCAGCGCUGUUUGCGAGUGCUCGCAUGGGUAUACUGUGGCUGAGUGUCGGCUAUGUUGCGAUGAUCACAGCGUACAACGAGCUUGGCUGGGCGCGCAACUGGGUUUACAAGGCUUCCGGCAAUGCCUACGCCUAUGCGUGCUACUCGUAUGGUGCCAUUGUAUGCAUGAAUUAUGGCGAGUCGCUCUCUGAGCGUGCGAUAGCGGCCCCGAUUAUUCUAUCGCUCAACGCACUUAUCACCGGAUUUGUACAAGACUUUAGAGAUGUGGCAGGCGACGCAGCGAUUAGUCGGGUGACGGUCCCAAUGCUGCUCCCGCAAACCUUUGCCCGCUGCUUGCAUACGACCAUCGUCAUCGGUUACACGACCUUCCUUGGCUGGUACUGGGCACCUCCGGCCUUCGCUAUGGCGGUACUUUAUGGUCUUGCCGGCACGCUCAUGGCAUCGCUUCUGACGGAUUACUCGGUCAAGGCGGACUUUCGAUCGUACAGGCUGUACAAUGUGUGGCUCUUUUCGUGCGGCGUACUCUCGCUGUUCGACAGGCUGCGGGACGCGCAAGUGAGUGCGGCUAUCUGACCACUUAUAGGCAGACCCACUGGGAGAUUGGAUGGAGCUGUGGCUACGGUCACUUUACUACCUUUCAUAUAGGCCACGAACAAUUCGUUGGGCGAAUUUAUACAUCCGGUUGUCGUACUUGGAAAUGAACAAUCAUAGGGUGCCAUACGUUCUAUAUAAUUUAUAUAUACCUACUUUCACGAACGCUGCGUCGUAGGAAUCAAAGAAUUGCCAACAAACAAAUACGGGAGAACUACAUGGCAUCUCAAAAUCUCACAAGCAUGGCCGCGAACGUGCUUUGGCUGAUAG